UGCAAACGAUCCGCACCGUCCUGGCCAGGGAUACCCCAACCGUCCCGUGCACUCCCCAGUGGACCCAUCAGUCCCUCUCUUCCCAUCAAGCGCAUCAACGCACUCCGGACACUCACAAAGAACAAACAUGCCCCCCGGAUACCAACAGCCUGCCUUCCAGGACUCGGUAUCUACACAUUCCUCACCAUACCGCCACAACCCUUCCCCCGCCCCAGGCGGGUAUAAUGCCUCUCCAUACCCUCGCACAGGCUCAGCGAACCCCCACGCAGCCAGAUCACAAAACAAUGCUAGCCCAUGGCAAAGGGGCGCCGGUUACGACUAA